ACGCGUAGAAACUAGUCUGACCUUUCCGCAUCCCCAUCUGAUCCCGUCCGUCCCCCAUGGCCGUCGGCGACAGCGCUGCGGCGGCGGCGGGGGCGGAGGAGGUCAAGCUCUCGAUCUCCGGCGCGGCCCUGGCGGCGCUGCUCCACCGCUGCGGCGCGGCCGCGGGCGACUGCGACGGGCUCCUCUUCGGCCGCGCCUCCCGCCCGCCGGCCCCGGCCCCGGCGCUCUCCGACUACGACGACGACCACCACAACGGCCCCGCCGCCCCGUGCCUCUCCAUCUCCGUCUCCGGCCACUCCUCCCUCUCCAGCCCCUCCUCCCUCUCCGACCCCCUCGGCUGCUUCCGCCCGAUGACCGCCGCCUCGUCGACCCAAACCCCCAUCGGCUUCUUCUCCUCCUCCCGCCGCCGCCACGCGCCUCUCCGCCCCUCCAUGCGCGAGCUCGCCCUCGCCCGCUCCCUCUCCAAAACCCUACCGCCGCCCGCGCCCGUCGCCCACCCGCUCCUCUUCGUCCUCGUCUCCCCCUCCGCCUCCCCCGACCUCUCCACCCACUCCUUCGACUACCGCGCCUUCCUCCUCCUCGGGUCCCGCCUCGUCCCGGCCUCGCUCGCCGUCGUCAACGUCGGCCCCGGCUUCCGCGACCAGUACCACUCCUUCGUCCCCGAGUCGCCCUUCCCGUCGCUGCCGACUCCGGCGCACGAAUCAGCGGGUGGUGGCAGCAUCGGAGAGCACAAGGCCGUGGACUCAAUGGUGGAAGGGUUUGGGCUGGGGAGGCUGCAAGGGCUCGUCGGCGCUGCGGCAGGGCAGGCGGCAGAGAUGGAUGCCAUGUACGCGGGGAUGCUCCGCAGGCUGGAGACUCUCGCCAGGGAGGUGGAGAAGAGCAAUCACCGCGUGCUCGAACAGGAAAAGCGGAACCUCAUGCUGAGGUACAGGUCCGCGGGACUGGAAUAAAAAACCAAAGCUUCUUUUGGUCUCAGCAAGUGUGUGUAUAUGCUCUGGAAUAAAAACGGUCCGGAGCAAGUCUCCAGUUAGGGGCUUGGUGAUGCUGCACUGGGGCUUCUUGCUUGUUAAAGCCAUUGGACAGGGAGGUCUCAAGGAUGAAAGACGGUGUGCUCUGAGGAUAGAGAUGAUCCGGUUUGCUGCUCGGAAAUCUGAUGGCGCCCGGUCGUGUCGUCCUCCUCUUCCCCCCACCUCUGUAAUUGCCUUAUCUUAUCGUCGACUAGCAUGCGAUUGAGAGCAGACUCAUCGAGUUGCGAUCUUUUCUUCAAGACAUAAUGGUGAUGUUAUAUAUAUGUUACGACAUGAUUUCCUUGGAAGCUCAGGCUGAAUGUUCUGUCUGUCCACCUUUGAUUUCCAUGUCAAUUAAAAUGCCUGGUUUGAUUCCU